GGUGAGGGUCCGCCCAUCCCUGCAGGAGGGAGGCCUAGAGGGACCCCUCCAAAUUAUCAACGGUACCUGCAACUUGUAUCGGCUCUCGAGAACGACAACGACAAAAAAGGCACGGUUUACUUUCUACACAUAUACAAUGGCCGCUACUCUUGCUGUUUACCCUCCGCUCGACCAGCGCCCGGUCAAGAACACCGUCAUCCUCUUCGAUGUCGACGAUACGCUCACAAAGCCCCGCCAGCUUGUUAAGCCCGAGAUGUUGCAACUGCUAUCGGAGCUCCGUCACAAAUGUGCCAUUGGCUUCGUGGGCGGGUCCAACCUCGCAAAGCAGCAGGAGCAGCUCGGUGGACCCGUUGACGUUACCUCGUUGUUUGACUUUUGCUUUGCCGAGAAUGGCCUCACUGCAGUCCGCAUGGGCGAGGUACUUGCCAGCCAGAGCUUCAUCGCCUGGAUUGGUGAAGAAAAGUACAAGUCGCUUACUAAGUGGAUCCUUCACUACAUCGCCGACCUCGACAUACCCAUCAAGCGCGGUACCUUUAUCGAAUUCCGUAAUGGCAUGAUCAACGUCUCCCCUAUCGGCCGUAACGCGUCCACAGAAGAGCGAAACGAAUACCAAAAGUACGAUCUUGAGCACAAGGUCAGGGAAACCAUGGUCGCAAAGCUCAAGGAGGCUUUCCCCGACUAUGGCCUCACCUACUCGAUUGGCGGCCAAAUAUCCUUCGACGUCUUCCCCAUUGGCUGGGACAAGACCUACUGCUUGCGACACCUUGAGGCGGAGAGCAAGAACGGGCUAGUCUACGACAAGAUUCACUUCUUCGGCGACAAGGCUUAUGAGGGUGGCAACGACUGGGAGAUCUACAGCGAUAAGCGGACUAUCGGACACAAGGUCAAGAACCCGGAGGAUACCUAUGCACAGCUCCAGGAAUUGAUGAAGACCUUGUAGUGGGAAAAUACUCACGGCAAUAAAAAGCAAGAUGAAUUACGAAUACCAAUGGGCAGUAUGACUUUCCUUGA